AUGGUGAAAAUAUCACUACAAAUACGUGCUACAUUAGAAUGUAUAGAAAAGCUGUAUACCAACCAUCCACACUAUCAAUGGUUCCUAAAAUUAAAAUGCGGCAACUGCGGCGAAGUGUCGGAGAAAUUUCACGAUCUCACAGAAGCUGAAAAAGUUCCCCAAAAGCACAAUAGAUCAGAAACGAAUUUGCUUAUAAAGUGCAAAUUGUGUUCCAGAGAAAACAGCAUCGACGUAAUUGAAGGGAGCAAUGGUGCAUUUACAAGUGACGAUGUUGGAAAAUAUAAAACAAUUGUAACAUUUGACUGUAGAGGAGUUGAACCUGUAGAUUUCGAACCCAAAUCUGGAUGGAUUGCAGAAGCAGAAGAAAAUGGUAAAAAGUUUGAAGAUGUUGAUUUAUCGGAAAAGGAAUGGGUAGACUAUGAUGAAAAGAACCAGACAUCGGUCGGAGUUUACGAACUAGAGUGGCAGUUUGUGAAAGUUAAAUUAUAA